AUGACUAUACCGCGAAUGUCAAGUAAUUGUUGGACGCGUUUGGAAUGAAUUUUCACGCGGCAUCCGUACAUAAAUCGAGAUAGUAAACAAUAAGGUUGCUUUUAAUCCAAAAUGAAUCUUCAAUUAACUUCGGGUACAAACUCUUUAAUGGAGCUGACAUUAUUAGUCACAGUUCAAGUAAUCAUUCUAUGAACAUUAAAACGUCUUAACAAUCCGUCAAUAAGGCCGGAGCGCUUUUGUAAUAUUAAUCUGUGAGCUUGUUAAAGGAAAAUGUUGAAAUCGCACAAAGUUAUUGCCAGUUGCCCUCGCAGCCUAUAAUUGUUUACUUACAAACGCGUUACAAAGAAGAAUCACCUCAAAUUCGACCUUAAGAAUUACAGGUUUUUUUUUCAAAGCUCAUGAAAAAAGAUUGGAGGAAAAAGUUUCUUAUUCUGAAAUGUAUUUACAUAUCCAGUCAAAAGCUUGAGUGGCACGUCCGCGAUAAGGGUUUUUUAGGAAAGGUGGCGUGGCGGAAUAGCGGCUUAAUAGAUAGAAGACGAGCUUACGGGGCUCAACAUGGAAGGAUUUGCAAGGACUAGCCCCAGCAACAGCAGUGCUUCGUUGAAUCUCCUACCGGAUUGGAAUUGCUAUUUAUCGAUUCUGACGGUCGACGGUUUCGGCUUGCGGUGUUCAUCAGGUCUGUCUUGUCAGACGCACUGUGCGCAGUGUAUGCAUCAUUAAAAUUUAAAUUUAACCAAGCUUUUGAAAUAUUACGAUCUAUUUUCUUAUCAAAAAUUAAUAGAGCAUGCCGGUGAAAAACUUCUGCAAAAGAAUUUAGCCAAUAUAUCUUUGUAUUUAUUAUAUUGUAUUGUGUAUUAUAUAUUCUUGAUUGAUUGAUUGAUUAAUUUAAAAAAUAAUUACUGCAGCGAUGCGUGAAUGUAACAGCGAUGUAACAUUAAUAAUUUCAGACAUGUUGUACACAUACAAAACUUGUACUAGAAAUUGGCAGUUAAACUUCUUGAUGUCGAAGCCGACUAACUACAGGGUGGCCCAUAAGUCCUUUGAAAAGUAAAAUUUGAAUAAAACGAACAGGGCGCGCGUGAGCGGUGCAGGGGAAGCGGGGGGAGUAACUUCGGUUUCUGGGAAUUUAGUCGCGAUGGAGCGUUUUACCGGAGCGGACCGUGCGUUUUGUGUGCGCGAGUUUUAUAAAAACGACAAUUCGGCAACCGUUGCGCGGCGUAAAUUUCGAGAACACAAAGGUUUACACAACUUUGACGACACUCCAACUCUUCAAACGAUUAAGAAUUGGGUUGCUAAGUUCGAGGAGACCGGUUCGACGUUAGAUAAACCGCGGUUGGGUCGCCCAAGGACGUCACGUACGGAACAAAACAUAGACACAGUGACACAGUCUAUUCGCGAAAAUCCGACACAGUCAACUCGUAAGCGCGCCAGAGCAUUAAACGUAUCCAGGACAUCGUUACAACGGAUUUUGAAGAAAGAUUUACAUAUGCACCCUUACAAAAUUCAGUUGGUUCAAGAAUUAAAGGAAACUGACGGUAUUCAAAGACAAAAUUAUGCGAAUGAAAUGUUGAAUCGGUUUACUUCCUUCAAUAACAUAAUGUUCUCUGACGAGGCUCAUUUCCAUCUUAACGGGCAUGUUAGUAAACAAAAUUGCCGCUAUUGGAGCCCCAUCAAUCCAAAACUUAAGCAUCAGAAGCCCUUACAUAGUCCGAAAGUGACUGUUUGGGCCGCUAUGUCAGCCCAUGGUAUCCUAGGGCCUUACUUCUUUGAGGAUGGCAGAGGGCGCGCAGUUACUGUUACGUCGGAGCGAUAUGUGGCUAUGAUCGAAGAGUUUUUCAUACCAGAAUUGCAAAACUUUUCAGUCUUUAAUGCCAGGACGUGGUUUCAACAGGAUGGGGCCACUUCUCACACCUCUAACACUGCUAUGCCCGUUAUCCGUCAACUUUUUCCUGGCAAAGUUAUCUCUAAAAGAGGAGACAUUUCCUGGCCUCCACGUAGUCCAGAUCUGACCCCGAUGGAUUUUUUUUUGUGGGGCUACCUUAAGGCUAAAGUAUACGACACAAACCCGCGGUCAAUUGAGGCCCUAAAAGAAAACAUCCGCAGAGAAAUGACAAGCAUUUCAGCAGUGACGUGCCGCGCAGUCAUCGACAAUUUUAGGCGUCGUUUGCAAGAGUGCCGUGAUCGCAACGGAUUACAUUUAGGAGAUGUUAUUUUCAAAAAAUAAUUCCCGUUUUUUAAGCUUUUUAUGUAAAUAAAAAUUUAAUUCAUAAUGUAAUUAGUUUUAUUUUAAUAAAUUUUUUUUCAUAUCAAAGGACUUAUGGGCCACCCUGUACUUUAAUAUCAAUGAGCGCGUAAUCAAGUUACGGUCGGAACUUUACAAGAAAUCUCUGAAACUUAGUUCUAGUCUGUCGCAUCGAUUUUCUAAUCUUCGUUUUAUUUGAAAAUAAAUUGCUAAAGUGGAAUUUUCUGUAAAGCUACUGUGCAAAUUAUUAAUGGACAUUUCUAUGUGUUUCCUAAGUUCAUUUUUUGUUAUAUUUCGGUCUUUUUCAGAAAAUCAAUCGUCGCCAUGUUUUUUUUUUGUGUAUAUUUGUUUGCUUUAGAUGAAUAAACGCGAUUAACGCGGCUUUUUAUAAGAUUUGAUUGGAUCAAUAAAACCUCAAAUAUUAAAUGAAA